UCGCGUCAUGUCAUUCACCGGCGUGGAAAGGAAACUGUCAAACUGUGAUACGAUUAGUGGAAAUUUUCGAGUGUUUUGUAUUAAAUUCACAUAAUAAAAGAACAAACAUGGUUGAAAAUAACGAAGUGGAGCUCUCUGAAGCAGAGGCUGAGCAGUAUGAUCGACAAAUUCGUCUCUGGGGGUUAGAAUCUCAGAAAAGGUUACGCGCCUCCAAGGUUCUGAUCAUUGGAAUUGGCGGUCUCGGUGCUGAGACCGCAAAGAACAUUAUUCUGUCUGGUGUAAAGAGUGUUUGUUUACUAGAUAACGAAAAGCUUAAGGAAAUUGAUCUGUACUCUCAGUUUUUGGCACCUCCCGAUAAAAUUGGAGAGAACCGGGCGGAAGUUUCGUUGCAAAGAGCGAGAGCGUUGAACCCUAUGGUAGACAUCACGGCGGAGACCAAAGGAGUAGAUGAGCUUCAGGACAGUUAUUUCACACAGUUUGACAUAGUAGUCGCCACCGGACUGAAGCAAGAACAGCUGGAGCGAAUAAAUAACGUGUGCCGCGAUAGUAACAAGAAAUUCCUCUGUGGCGAUGUCUGGGGUAUGUUUGGUUACAUGUUCGCUGACCUCGUCGAUCACGAGUACUCUGAAGAAAUUGUCCAAUACAAAGCUGUGAAACGUGGCCCUGAUGACACUGGUGAAAAUGCCAGAGAAACUGUUAGCAUCACAGUAAAACGCCGAGCUAUUUAUGUUCCUCUGCAAAAUGCUCUGUCAGCUGAUUGGUCGAAGCCUGAGUUGCGAUCUCGACUGCGUCGUGGCGACCCAUCUUAUUUUGUCAUGAAGGUAUUAAUGCGUUUCAGAGAUGAGCACAACCGUAACCCAGAUCCUGCUAAACGGAAGGAAGAUACUGAGAUUCUUUUGAAAAUGCGCGAUGAACUUGUUAAAGAGCUGUCUCUGCCAGCUGGAUUUGUCAGUGAUGCCUUGCUGUCCGAUGUAUUUGGAACAGUUGCAGGGGCUGCAGCAGUGGUGGGGGGUGUUAUUGGUCAGGAGGUUGUGAAAGCUGUCAGCCAGCGUGAACCUCCUCAUAACAACAUGUUCUUCUUCAAUCCAGUGAAAUGUGUCGGUUUCGUAGAACUAUAUGGGCAGUGAUCUUUUUUUAUUUAACAGUAAGAUGUAGUCUUCUAAGAGAAAUAAUAAUUUUAAGCAUAAAAGUAUUGUAACACAA